AUGGCUGUGCUUGUGUUCCUGUCCUUGCUGGUGGCGGGUGUUUUGGGGAACGAGUUUAGUGUAUUAAGAUCACCAGGGUCUGUCAUUUUCCGAGAAGGAAACUGGCCUAUACCAGGAGAGCGAAUCCCAGAUGUGGCUGCAUUGUCAAUGGGCUUCUCCGUGAAAGAAGACCUCUCUUGGCCAGGACUUGCAGUGGGAAACCUGUUCCAUCGUCCUCGAGCUACUGUGAUGGUGAUGGUGAAAGGAGUGGACAAGCUGGCUCUACCCCCGAGUAGUGUCAUUUCAUAUCCUUUGGAGAAUGCGGUUCCUUUUAGUCUUGAUAGCGUUGCAAAUUCCAUUCAUUCUUUAUUUUCUGAAGAAACACCCGUAGUUUUGCAGCUGGCUCCUAGUGAGGAAAGAGUGUAUAUGGUGGGGAAGGCAAACUCAGUUUUUGAAGACCUUUCAGUGACAUUACGACAGCUCCGUAAUCGCCUAUUUCAAGAAAACUCUGUCCUCACUUCACUUCCCCUCAAUUCCUUGAGUAGGAACAAUGAAGUUGACCUGCUCUUUCUCUCGGAACUGCAAGUGCUGCAUGAUAUUUCAGGUUUGUUGUCUCGACAUAAGCAUCUAGCCAAGGAUCAUUCUCCUGAUUUAUAUUCACUGGAACUGGCAGGUUUGGAUGAAAUUGGGAAACGUUAUGGGGAGGACUCGGAACAAUUCAGAGAUGCUUCUAGGACCCUUGUUGACUCUCUGCAAAAGUUUGCAGAUGACAUGUACAGUCUUUAUGGCGGAAAUGCAGUGGUAGAGUUGGUGACCAUUAAAUCAUUUGAUACAUCCCUUGUGAGAAAGACAAGGACUAUCCUUGAGGCAAAACAGAUGAAGAGCCCGCCAAGUCCCUAUAACCUUGCCUAUAAGUAUAAUUUUGAGUACUCAGUAGUUUUCAAUAUGGUACUUUGGAUAAUGAUCGCUUUGGCCUUGGCUGUGAUAAUCACCUCCUACAAUAUUUGGAACAUGGAUCCUGGAUAUGAUAGCAUCAUUUAUAGGAUGACAAACCAGAAGAUUCGAAUGGAUUGAACUUUCCUUGUACCCGACAGAGAAAAGGGGUUUGGAAAUUUGCCAUUUUGCUAAAAUAAAUCUUUCAGAGAUUUAAAGUAGAUAGUAUACUUUAAAUUUAUAAAAAAGGAAAUUUUGUUCUCUACUUUGUGUGUGCCUGUGACUUUUUUUAGAGUGAAUUAUAGUAUUGAUGUGAAUCAAAUUGUAUGAUACAGAUUCCAUAAUCUGCUCAAAUAUGAUACAACCAUUAAAUAAUUAUAAUUUCAUUCCAUUUAAUAUUUGGAAAUUUGCACUGAAAUAAAUGUAAAACAUUUAGAUUAGUUUAUAUUAUUUAUGUUGAAAACUGCAUUGAAUUUUAUUAGAAAACCUUAAGGAUGCUCAAUUUCGGGGAGAUAGGUGAAAAUCAUGUUUGGGCCAGUGUAUACAAUGAACCAUUUGUAAAUGUCUCAAUUUGAUGUAACUAUCUGAAAUAAGAGAAGAGGUUUUUAAUCUAGAGAGCCCUAAAAUAUGGAUGUGCUUAUAUAAUUGCUUAAUUUGGAACUAUUCUGAUUGACAGGGGAAAGCUAUUUUUUAACCAUUUGAAAGUUUGGUGAUCCGUAUGAUCUGGUGUGAAUAAUAAAAAUACUACAUUGAUCUAAGAAGAAACUAGCUUUGUAGAGGUAUAGAUGCUUGUAAUUAUAUACACAAAAACAUCUUAGCGGGGGAUUCUUUGGGGCAUGGAUAUAAAAUAUUUUUAUUUCAGUAACUUUUCCCUCUGUUUGUGGUACAACUUCAUUCUAUAGAAUAUUAAGUGGAAGUUUCAGAUACUUUUCAUGUGGAAAUGGACCAAUGUCUAUAAAGAGUGAGAAAUAAAGUUAAUAAUGAUUCCAAA